AUGACGAUAUCAGAGCUGAUAGAACGAAAACAGAGGCAAAUUAACGGUGACCUUGAAGAAGAGGAUGAUUGCAGAGAAAAGUUCCCCUCGGUGGGACCAAUGUUGGCGACAAAAUUGGGUGGUUUUUGUAACAAAAAGCUACUACUGAAGCGGAUGCCCAUUCUCCAUUGGCUGCCGACUUAUGAGGCGAACUAUCUGAUCGAAGACAUCGUGGCCGGAUUAUCGGUGGGACUUACCGUCAUUCCUCAGGGAAUAGCAUUUGCGGUGAUGGCCAAUCUGGAGCCGCAGUAUGGAUUGUAUUCUGCGUUCAUGGGAUGCUUUGUCUACUGCCUGUUUGGAAGCUGUAAGGAUCUUACCAUUGGACCGACGGCAAUUAUGGCACUGAUGGUGCAGGUAUACGUGGGUGGUCUCGGCGUGGAUUUUGCUGUUUUGCUGACGUUUUUGGUGGGUUGUAUUAUUUUGAUUCUCGGACUCCUCAAUCUAGGAUUUUUGGUGCAAUUUAUAUCAAUGCCAGUUACAGCUGGAUUUACAUCUGCCGCAGCAAUCACAAUUGCGAGUGGACAGGUUAAAUCUUUGCUUGGAUUACCAGGAAGAUCAAACGAAUUUAUCGAAUCAUGGCUUAAUGUCUAUCGACAUUUCGGCGAAACAAAACUGUGGGAUGCACUUUUGGGUAUUUCUACGAUCAUUAUCCUUGUGUUACUUCGUAGCGUCCGUGGCAAAUGGUCGAUGGUUGGAAAGUAUCUUGCGUUAUCAAGAAAUGCGAUCGUCGUUAUUGGAGGUGCUGCGCUGGCGUACUUUUUUGCAGCAUCCGGGAGCAAUCCAUUCUCGUUGACAGGAACCGUCACACCCGGACUUCCACCAGUGAAACUGCCACCGUUCAGCACGGUACUUAACAAUCAAACGGUACCAUUUCCGGAAAUGUCCUCUAAGCUUGGCUCUUCGAUCGUAGCACUACCGUUAAUAGCAAUCCUCGAGACGAUCGCGAUCGUAAAGGCAUUCUCGAAAGGAAAAUCAAUCGAUGCCACCCAGGAACUCAUUGCUCUGGGUUUGUGUAACAUUUUCAGUUCCUUUGUAUCGUCCAUGCCCAUCACUGGAUCCUUCACACGAACUGCUGUUAACAACAACAGUGGCGUUCGAACGCCGUUAGGUGGCGUAGCGACCGGAGUGCUCGUUUUAAUGUCUCUAGGCUUGUUAACGGAUACUUUCUAUUUCAUACCGAAGUCUGUACUGGCUGGUGUGAUGAUUGCCGCCAUGUUCUUUAUGGUGGAGUUUCACGCUGCUGCGGAAAUUUGGCGCACCAAGAAGGUUGACAUUAUUCCGUUUGUAGUGACGAUAAGUGCAUGCCUGCUGCUUGGUCUAGAGUAUGGUAUGCUCAUAGGCAUUGGGUUAAAUAUUUGCUUUGUACUAUACAUGACGUCACGUCCGGGCAUUGAUCAGGCACUGUUCCGAACGGCUUGUGGCAUUGAGGCCAUGGUCGUGAAACCGGACCAAAGUCUUAUCUAUUCCUCCAUCGAAUACUUAAAGCAUAAAAUAGUGAAAAUGACGGAUAAGACUCAAGUGUCGGUUGUGAUAAUCGACGGCAGCAAUGUAAGCUACGUUGAUUCUACGGCCGCUAAAAUCCUUGCCAGCACCGUUGAUGAGCUGGUGCUCCGCAAGUGUUCAGUAUUAUUUUGGAACUGGAACAGAUCGGUCAAGUGCACAUUGUUGCGAUUAAAUAAACCUUUAUUUUACCCUUUGUUUAAGUAUGGUGGCUUGGAGCAUUUAGGAAACGAAGUUUGCAAAGACGCUUUACCUUAAUAGGGUUGGUUCGAAUUCAACAGCACGGUGAGCAACGUUUAUUGGGGUUUUGCAUACAUUCCGCAUUGGGGGAGUAGCAACUAACGUGUAGUUUAAAAGUUUAGUUUAAAUAAAUCAUAU